UCCUUUGUGAGCAUUUCCUGAUGCCGACAGUUGCAAACGUAAUGUCUCCGGCGUAGAACUAGCAGUACCGCAUGUUUAGAUCUACGACGGUACAACAGUUACUACCCUACGAAUAUACACUGGAUACGUACAAAAGUCUGCAGGAUAUCGAGUAGAAUUCCGCAAUAUGUUGGGUAGGAGUUAUUCCAAUGAUCUACUUCUACACUGCUUAAUCCUGAACGGCAUUUUUACGGAAUCGGUUGGUUUGGCCAACGUGACGUUGAUGGUCUACGGAACAUGGCCAGCAUUCCUGGUGCAGUCGCUGCCGUUUAUGGGACCAGGCUUUGACUUGGCCGUUGACCAAGUACAAGACGCGUUUGCCUCAACGCUCAGUAUGUCCCGUAUUUAUGUGUCGAGUAAAAAUGUAAAGGACGGUGUGGACAGCGGUGCUUAUUUUACGGAUGUCGUCGACUACUAUUAUCGGCACGAAAAUCAUACCUCCCAUUCACGUGAACAAAAUGUACUUGUCCUUAUUUAUUCAGGCUGCGAUGACUCUCCAAUGUUUGCCGAACUGGGAAGAGAAUGGAACAUGAUGGUUGUAUCGUGUGGUACAACAUUCUCCAAUUUGCGCAAUCGGGAUCGGUUUCCCACGACCAUCGCGGCCGGACCAGUACAGUACGAUCUGCAUGCAUCGGCCAUACUGGAUCUGUGUAACCGGUACAACUGGACCACGAUCGGUUAUCUCUACGACACAUCCCAGCUAAAUCCGUUUAAUUUACGCUCCUACCAACGCGUUAGUCGAUUUCUACGCAUUUACGCACCGCACAUUCAGAUCAAUCCCUUCGCGGUACAAGAUCCCUACCGUUAUAAGGAGCUUAAUUACGAGCUUCUGCUGAACCGUAUUGCACAAACUUCACGAGUCAUGUUCAUUUCUGCACCACCUUGGAUGACCAGAGAAGUUAUGAUAAGAGCAUAUUUGCGGAACCAGACAACCGGAGAAUACGUGUGGUUUACGGUGGACCUCAAUGAGCACUCUCUUGGGCCGGUGACGUGGCAGCGAAACGAAACUGAUGACGAGGUUGCAAGAGCUGCAUUUGCUGGAAUGUUUCAAGUAAUAAAUUGUUGGAAUUAUGGAUCUGAGAUCGACAAUUUGCGAAAAAACUGGAAAGAACACACAAAAACCGACUACAAUGCAACUUAUCCAGGCAGAAACGGUCCAAAUGAAUUUACAAUAAUCGCAUACGGUAUUGUCCAUGUGUUAGCCCAGGCGGUUAACGAAAGCGUCGCUGUCGGUGCGGACCCAACCAAUGCUCGAGAUCUAACCAAACGUUUACAAGAUCGACAGUUCACUGUACCGGUUGUUGGAGCGUUCCGGAUUGAUCAGUUCGGAGAGCGGCAAAAUACAGUCUGUGUCAAUGCUUUUGACAGCGCUAAUGGUCAGUUUGAGAGGAAGCUCUUCUGUGAUUUUACCAAUUCCAAACUCAAGGCCGUUCGCAAUAUGACAAUAGUUUGGCAAACUUCCACCGGUGACCCUCCACUCAGCGAACCAUGGUGUGGUUACACGGGAGAUGCGGUGCGCUGCCGAAAUUCGGGAAAUGCAGCUACGAUCGCAAGCGCCCUGGGAGCCACCCUGACGGUCUUGGUUCUCCUUCUCAUCGCCAUUUUCCACGUAAACCGGAAAAGUCAAAAAGCUCGUGAUGUUUGGUGGAAAAUGUCACUUGACCAAAUAACGAUCCAGACGCCUUCCAAAACGACAAUCAACGGGGAAGAUAGAACGGCCUCACAAGGAAAGGGCAUGACCAUUGCACAGGAACGCUUCAUCUGGAUUCGCAAUUUUAAACGGACAACGAAUGCCCCUUUUCCAGAUAAACAUGCAGUUCAAACCAUGAGAAAACUCCGCACAUUCUCCCAUCCAAAUAUUGUGAAUUUAUUUGGCAUCAUCGAAACCGAUCGCAACUUACUGUUUAUUAGCGAGUACACGGAUAAAGGCAGCCUGGAAGACGCCCUGAAAACCAAUAGUCUUCACGACUGGGAGCUGAGAAGUAGCUUGUCGUUCGAUUUAGUUGAGGGAUUAUUCGCUAUUCACCACUCUGGCUUGCGGCGUCACGGGAGCUUAUCAGCCAGAAAAUGCUUAAUUGAUAAAAGGUUCAUUCUGAAGAUUGGUGCAUUAGGCUACAUGGAUAUAUUACGGAAUAUCUCGACUGAGCAGAAGAUCCAACUCAAGAAUUUGUUAUCUAUUCCGCCAGAAUUACGCAAUAAGUCUCAACACGAACAAAGUGCAGCGGCAGCAUCCGCCAGUGACAUUUACGUUUUUGCUGAUAUUGUGCAUAUCCUUCUUCCUGAACACGUAUUUAAGGGCGUUCAAGCGGAAGACGUUUCUGAUUACGAAUUCAAAAAAGAUCAGCAGAUCGUACACCGGUUAAGAAGGGAAGUGACAAUCGAGCCGGAGGCUUUUGAAAGCAUUUCCUUGUUGUUUUCAUACACGACUGGAUUCACCGAGUUUGUCGCUAAGAAUUCCGAUGCACCGCUGAACGUGGUACACUUUUUGGACCAAAUGUUUCAUUCGUUUGAUGGUGUGGUCAGCUUGUACAACGUGUACAAAGUGGAAACCAUUAACGACAGCUGCAUGGUGGCAAGUGGAUUACCAGAGUGUAACGGUGACCGGCAUGCGAAAGAGGUAUGCUAUUGUGCUUUGGGCUUCCGUCAAAUAUUUCUGGAUAUCGGAAAAUCUCACAAAAUGGCCAUCAAAAUUGGUAUCCACUCAGGUUGCGAUGACUCUCCCAUGUUCGGCGAGCUAGGAAGAGAAUGGAAUCUCAUGGUCUUAUCCUGUGGCACAACUUUUUCCACGCUACGCGACCGGGAGCGUUUUCCUACGACCAUUGCGGCCGGCCCAGUGCAGUAUGAUCUGCAUGCAUGGGUAAUAAUGGAUUUGUGUAUCCGCUACAACUGGACCACUAUCGCGUAUCUCUACGACACAUCCCUGUUGAAUCCCUUCCAUAUACGCGCCUAUCAACGCACUAUUCGAUUUUUGCGCGUCUGCGCACCCAAUAUCAGGAUCAAUCCCUUUUCUGUGCUGGAUUCCGCAAAUUAUAAAGAAUUCAACUAUGAUCUCCUCUUUGACCGUAUUGCGGCUAGUUCACGAGUCAUUUUCGUUUCCGCGACUCCUUGGAUGACAAGAGAAAUCAUGAUGCGAGCCUAUUUACGGAAACAGACUACUGGAGAAUAUGUUUGGUUCACUGUGGAUCUUAAUGAACAUUCUUCGGGAUUGACGACUUGGCAAAGGAACGAAAGCGAUGACGAGGUUGCUAAAGCAGCAUUCGCUGGAAUGUUUCAAGUUAUCAAUUGCUGGGAUUACGAUAUCGAAAUUAGCGACAUGAGGAAAGAAUGGAAAGAACGCACCAGAAUCGACUAUAAUUCGACUUAUCCCGGAAAAAAUGGCCCUAACGAGUUUAUGAUUACUGCGUACAGUACGGUCCACGUUCUGGCUCAAGCGAUCAAUGACAGUAUCUUUAACAGUGCUGCUGAAGCUGAUGCGCGAACACUAACCAAACGGCUACAAGGUCGGCAGUUUUCGGUGCGGUGCGUUCCGUAUUGA